CGCUGAAACAAAACAAAAAAACACCAUCUCAGAACCGGUAUACGAUAAUAAUGAAAGAGAAAGCAUAAUGGUCCGCUUAAAAAUAGGAAGCUUUCACAGGUAGCGCCCCACCACGUAUCAAAGGGAGUGAAAGUUUGCUGUGAGGAUGCGAGGCAAGAUUUGGUUUUAGAUGAAGCAAAAUGGCAGCGCUCUGAGACCUGGCAACUACAAAAACUAACAUGAUACCAUACCACCGUCUGACUGUUUUAGCACGUGCACCAUUAGAUCUCGAGCGAUGAACUUCUCACACCCGCAUCAGUCCCUCCAGCUGCGCCAAAGGCCCUCACCAUCAGAGUCCUUGCACAACGCCACAAAUACCAUUCAAAAUACCAGCCACACCCAUAUAUAGCGUGCUCUCUAUCUCCCAGCCCGCAUUCUCAAACCAUUACACAUCACACACCCUCACUCGCCAAUCCCUACCAUGGCUCCCUUCAACCUCUCCGCGACCCUUAACGCUUUGAGAAUACUAAAAUCCCCGACGCUCCUUUACCCACAACUCACAAUUCCCACCUUCGGUUACCUACCUGUCCCUCUUGCCCCGGCACUGAAAGCAGAUAUCCGCGCGGUGAUCCUGGACAAAGAUAACUGCUUCGCUGAGCCAUCGGCCAAGGAGGUUUACCCGGCGUAUAAAGAGACGUUUGAGAAGCUAAGAAAGGAAUAUGGAGAUCGGUUAUUGAUCGUUAGCAAUUCUGCAGGAACAGAUGAUGAUGUCAACUAUGUCGAGGUUUUAUGUGCCUCCACAAUUUUCGAAUGGGAAACGGUUUUUGAACUGACGCAGAAUUGGCUAGGCUGAGGUGUUGGAGAAGAAUACAGGGGUGAAGGUACUGCGUCAUUCUACUAAGGUAUUGGUUAAUUUGGCUUUCUGGGUGCGGUUUGUCAGAGGGGAGAUGAGUUGACGGGGUGACUAGAAACCGGGAUGUUACCCUGACAUUAUGGGGCAUCUGGCGGGCAAGACCGAUGUCAAGAGGGCGGAUCAGGUCGCCGUUGUAGGGGAUCGACUCUUCACAGAUGUGCUCAUGGCGAAUAUGAUGGGGUCUUGGGCAGUUUGGGUCAACACUGGAGUGAUAGAUUCUGAACGGACCUUUGUAUGCCCCUUUUUGCCCGGAGGCUAGUAUUAAGUGCUAGAAUGACUGAUAUGGAGAAUCUAGUAUGGACGAGUUGAGAGAGGGUUGUUGGGCGCCGUUAAAUGGGGCGGUGGAAAGGCCCCAGUGCCGACUGGGGGUAUUUGGCGGUAGAAUGGCCGUGCUUAUGCAGUACGCCGUGUUUGCAGUGCUACUCUUUAGUGCCGGCAUUAACUUAGGGGUUGGCUCCGACUAGGUCUAAUACCUGCCGAUUAAGCUGCAUUCAUCUAGCUCUGCCCACGGUUAAGAGUUUCUCUUAUCCCUACUUGUUUCCCAAUUUCUUUGGUGGAAGGGGGGGAGUUAUUGCGGCGUUUCUAAAAGCCCUUUUGUCUUCUGUGGGCGGCUGGCGCUCAUGUAUCCUACGAGAUCUACCCGAAUAAUCCAUACCGCAUGCCCACAGCAACGGUCAUAACCUCAGGCUACUUUUGGGUCCAAAACCGAGUGAUUAUGGGUGACCGUGUGUGAGACCCAUGGCGACAGAUUUGGGGGCUUUAAGUCUGGUCAUA